AUGGAUUACGUCGAAGUGGCAGGUGAGGACAUCUCACCGGAAGAGUGUACAGCAGAGGCCGGCUGGCUCGUGAGCCACCGACAACGGGGCACACGAGCCCUCAACAAGCUAGGCCUCACGGCGACGAGCACAGCCAAAAACGACGCAGGUGGCCGGACAGGAAACCGAAAACCACUUCAGAGACACAGGAAACAGCGUCAGCAACCAGCCCUCCCACGCGAGGACAUAAAAAUCAUUCUGCGGCCACGAGAGGGCCUCGAUGUUACCAAGGUGAGCUCCGCGAGGCUACGCGACGGCGUAUUUUGCGCCAUCGGUCUCAAAGAGCAGGAAGCCGAGGGAGACCUGCUACGGGUCAACCCGGAGAAAAACAUCAUCGUGACAAGCACACCAAGCAUGGAACGAGCUAAGAAAUAUAACUCCAUUUCAAAAAUCUGCAUCGCAGGCAAGACCUAUGAAGUCACCGCGUACGCGGCGCCGCCAGAGGAUACUGCUAAGGGGGUUAUACAUAAUAUCCCAGAUUAUGACACCGCGGAAGACAUUACGCGCAGCCUUGUCUACAACAAGAACCCUACCAUCCUUCAGGCACAAAGAAUGGGAAAAACCAACUCGGCGGUCAUCGUCUUUGAGGGCAACAAAGUGCCCUAUUAUGUAUAUUACCGUGGAGCGGAGUACCGGUGUUUCUUACAUAAAAAAAAGCACGAAGUGUGCUCCACCUGCGGAAAAGUGGGACACCGCAUGGACGUCUGCCCGACGCCCGAAGACAAAAUAUGCCGCUCUUGCGGUGCAAAGAAUCCACGAGAAGGGCAUAAAUGUGACCCCAAGUGUGCCCUGUGCUGUGGGGAUCACCCCACUGGAGACAAAAACUGUAAGAACCGGUUCCAAACGCCGUACCUACUACGGAAGAGACAGCGAGAAAAAGAACGUCAGAAUGGCGCUGGUCAAUAUGGCGGGCACCGAAACGCAGAGUCGACGUCCGUUCUGGGUGGCAGCGAGGGCGGCGGGAGAACGAAAGAAAGGGGGACGAGAGAUCGUUCGGGCUCCUUCCCACGUCUACCCCACCGCGGAUCAGGGAGCGACAACGACGCAGGACAGCGGCAGCAGCGCCGGUCAAGAUCUAAGUCAAGAUGCCGGAGCCCUAACACCCAAGGCCGACAUGAGUCAAGAUCGACAUCCCGAGGCGGCCGACACGAGACUCCGGGAGGAACCAAGCAGAACAAGGUGAGCUGGGCUAGCACGGUCUCCCACAGCUCGGCUCCGCAGAAUGCAAAGAGAAAGAUUAGCAACCAAACUAGCGCGCAACAGGCAGACAGGCAGCAACAGGGGGAACUCACCAAAAUCAAGCAAAUGCUAGAGAUGGUAGUCGCCGAGAAUACAAAGCUAAAAGCUGAAGUGGCAAAACUAAGAGGAAGCGAAAACGCCGACAAACUAGUCCCCGAAACGCAGGGUCCCUCGAAAUCGCAGGCCCCACCGCCAGACCAGGGCAAGGCAAACACACCACGACCCACACAGGUCCUGCUAGCUGAGGACUCGUCCAGUGACGAGAUGGAAAACUCGGAGCCCGAGUCUCCUCCCCCGAAGCGUAAGGCGAAAGACCCAACAAUAACAAACAUCCCAAGGCUCCCAAAGAGAGCAGAAAAAAGGGACGCAGAGACACUGCAGCAUUUCGGGGAGAAGCUGAGCGAAAUGCUCACCACAAAAUUCGAAGCCAUGCUGGCGAAAUUUGCCGAGAGCAUAGGCACGCAAAUCGCAGCACUUAACGCUAGGGUAACGGCGAUUGAGGCCACCUCACCGCGCUUCACCGGCGGGGGAGGAGGAGCAGGGCCGAUGAAAUCCACCAAGCCUUACGCCAGACCCGUAUCAUUGGAAAGCGCUAGAACAAGCCUAGAAAGUACACAGCUUAAGGAUUAUGGCACCGAAUAA